UUAGUAGUAAUACCUAUUUAAGGAUCUCUUUAGUUUUGCUCAUUUUACUCUUUCAAUUUUUGGACUUAUCUUAGGUCUAAAGUGAUAUAUUGUUUAAAUUUGUUCUACAUUGUCCUUAAAAGUGGGUGUUAAAGAUUCAUUUGUUUCAAGAAAAUCUCUCUUGCAUGUGCACUUAGAUUUUUUUUUUUUUAAAUGAUGUUUUCUGUUAUUUAACUUGCUCAUUUUUGUUUAGACUAUUUGAGAGAUAUAUGUGGGUAUUUGUGUAUGUGGACACAUGGUUUCUUUGCAGCACGUAUUUUGUCAAAGUGUACUAUAUUGACUUUUAAAAUUUUAAUUUAUUUAGUUUUUGGGAUAUAAUAGUGCAGAUUAAGCAUUCAACUUUGGAUGCUUGCAAAACAUUUUGAAGUGUCACUUUAAAGCUUAGGAAAGUGAUUGAAUAUGCAUAAGGGUCAAUAGUUUGACCUAAAAUAGGGUCCCAUUUGAAGUUUUGAACCAAGAUUUCAAUGCAAAGAUACAUCAAAAAGCUCUUCUUUAGCCAUUUUGAUAUUUCUCCAUGUACUUAAUUGUCUUUGGUUACUGUUAUUUUAUGAAAUUUGGGAAGCAUUUGCUGUUUCAAGAAAGUGCCUGCAGGCAGUAUUCAUUGACAGCUGAUGUGGUUUGGAUGUCUUUUCUGAGGUACCAAACUGAACCAGUUUUCUGUCUUCUCAUCUGCUUCCCCAAGAUAUGGAUAGAGGAGAUAGAAUAGCCUCUUAUUCGGAGUUGCUGCUUUCUGUCUCUAUAGCGUUCUUGCUUUUUUCAGUAGUCAGCUCACAAAUUCCUUUGGGUUCCAAACUUACAGUUGAAGAGAACAAUUAUUGGUUCUCAUCCAACAGGGACUAUGCAAUUGGAUUCUUUAACUUCUCCGACCAGUAUAGCUUUGGUGUCCGUUUCAAUGCAAUUUAUAUACCUAGAAGUGAACAAACAGCCAUUUGGACUGCAGGGUGGAAUGUUAAAGUUAGUAGCAAAGCAUAUUUUGAGCUUUCUGCAAAUGGGGAAAUGAUAUUGUUUGAUCCAGCAAACGGAAAAACUGUUUGGCAAAGCAAAACUGGCAAUGCAUCUGUUGAAUCAGCUGUUCUGCUUGAUAAUGGCAACUUUGUUCUCUUAAAUAGGAAUAAGAGUGCUGUUUGGCAGAGUUUUGAAAGUCCAUCUGACACAAUGCUUUCUGGCCAGAGUUUAUCUGUUGGCCAGUCUCUUCGAGCUUCUAGCAGGAGUUCGUUAACAAGUUAUUACAGUCUUCAUAUGAAUGUUUCUGGUGAGAUGCAGCUUAGGUGGGAGAGCAGCGUCAUUUACUGGACUGUGGGAGGUCCUCAAUCUGCUGUCCGAGCCAUUCUUGGCUCUGACGGAAUCCUCCGACUACUUGAUCAGAGAUCGCAAGCUGUUUGGUCUGUCUAUGGUGAGGACCACAAUGAUUCUGAUGUGAAGUUUCGGUUCCUGAGACUAGAUUCUGAUGGUAAUCUUCGGAUAUACUCAUGGGAAAAUAAUGCAACAUCAUGGAGAACAGUUUGGCAAGCUAUAAUUAAUCAAUGUGAUGUCUUUGCAACUUGUGGUACCAAUGGUAUAUGCAUCCUUAAUGCAUCGGACUCUUAUGGUUGUCAGUGUCCAUUUAGAUCUACAAGAGACUCAAACUCCGGAUGCCUAAUUCCAUACAAACCAAGUUGUGAAUCUGGUUCAUCCAUGAUCCGAUAUGAUCAUAUGUACUUGUACGGGAUAUACCCACCAAACAAAACAGUUGUGCAAACUAGUUUGCAGCAGUGUACAAGUCUGUGUCAGAAAGAUCCAUCCUGUCAUGCCGCAUCCUUCGUCAACAAUGGCACUGCACAAUGUCACAUGAUGAACUCCCAGUAUGUUGGCGGUAAAUCAGAUCCUUCUUUGGGUUCCGUUACCUUUGUCAAGACUUGUUCAGACCCAAUUGCUGUUUUACCUGCGCCUGUACCUGCUCCGAAAAAGGUAUCACAGAAAAUAUGUGUUUCUUGUCUGUUUGAAGUUGCUGCUGCAUCAAUUGUUUUGUUUGUAAUGCUUCAAUUCGGGAUUGGAGUUUAUCUGUACAGGAGAAGGAAACAUAUGAUGCAGAAAUCUGCUUCACCCCAUAUAGUCCCUAAUGCUACUGGUUGCAUCAUGUUUUCUUACUCUGAGAUCAAAGACCUGACAGACAAUUUUAAGCAUCAAAUUGGGCAGAAUGUGUUCAAAGGUGUAUUUCCAGAUAACAGGCUUGUUGCAGUUAAAAAUCUCGAUGCCUCUAUAGAAGAAAAGAGGUUCCGUACUGCAGUCCUAAAAAUAGGAAGCAUAUAUCACAAAAAUCUUUUGAGGCUGGAUGGUUAUUGCUGUGAGUCUGGCCGUAGGUUAUUGGUUUAUGAGCUUGCCAAGUAUGGUUCCAUUGACAAAUGUUUAGAAGAACCUAAAAUGUGCAAGAGAUUGACGUGGAGAAAAAGAAUAGAUAUAUGUUUGUCAGUGGCAAGGGCCAUUUCUUACUUGCAUACAGGAUGUAGGGAGUUUGUUAGUCAUGGAAAUCUUAAAUGUGAAAAUGUGGUCUUAGAUGAUGAAUUAGAGGCUAAAGUUAGUGAAUUUGGGCUGAGGACAAUUCAAGCUGAGGCAUCCAGUAGCGGGGGGCUAGCAGAGACAGAUGUAAGAGAUUUUGGCAAGAUGAUGGUGGUAUUGAUCACCGGACGCCAAGAUGCAGAUGAGGCUUGUUAUUGGGCAUAUGAAAAAUGGGUAAAAGCUGAAAGGGAUAUGGCCAUGGAUCUGCGAAUUGAGGGUGGCGUUGACUUGGAAGAGUUAGAACGAGCAUUAAGAAUUGCAUUUUGGUGCUUACAAGGUGACGAACGUAUGAGGCCAUCAAUGGGAGAGGUAGUCAAGGUACUGGAAGGCACUCUGACUGUCGAUCCUCCACCACCUCCUUUUGCUCAUUAUCAACAGUGGCCGCCUGAAGACGAAUCACCAUCUGAAUCAUAUUCAGAACUGUAAAAGUUCUAAUUAGUAUAUUUCAUUUCCAUUCAAUCAUCGGUUUCUGUACAGAACUAACUACCAGGCACCUACAACUUGGCACGAUGUAGAAUGCCUAGUUUUUCCAAUAUGGCAUGCUCAAUCCGAAAUUCAAGAUGAGCAAUCCUGCAUUGCUUCUUCUGAAACUGUAACAUUGGUAUGUAACCCUCCAAGUGCAAUUUUUGUAUUAGAAAAUCCUGAUUCAGAAAUCCAAGUUUCUUUUGAAA